AUGGAUGAAUGGGCCGGAAAUUGUGGAUCCUCUUGGGCAUUCUCUUCAACCGGCGCCUUAGAAGGAGCAUUGGCCAGGAAGACGGGCAAAUUGAUCAGUCUUUCUGAACAGCAAUUGGUUGAUUGCACCCGAACGAAGCAUGGAAAUGAUGGUUGCAAUGGUGGCUACAUGUACACAGCCUUCAAGUAUUUGGAAAAUAACACCAUUGAAUCUGAGGCCGAUUAUCCAUACCAAGCCACUGAUGGUCCAUGUCGAUACAACGAGAGCCUGGGUGUGGGUAGCAUCCGAGAUAUUGGUAACGUGACGGAAGGGAAUGAGACAUCUCUAAUGGAGGCAGUUGCUUUGAUUGGACCUAUUUCAGUAGCUAUUGACGCCAGCGCCCUGGGUUUCAUGUUUUAUCGGUAA